AUGACAUCAACGCAACGCCAACUAGAUGAUCAAAAGCAUCGAUCCAAAGAUGGUGCGGACGGCGUGAUCCCAAGCAAAACAAUGCAAGCGAAUAAGGAAACUGAAGAUAGUGAUCAGCAAGAUGCUUUGGAGUCCAUCCGAACUAUGCUGAACCGGGAACAGACCUCGUAUGUAAUACAGACUGCUGAUGAUAAUUUAUCAUCAGCCAAUAAGCCAUUCUCUGCGUUCGUAAAGCCUAUUCAGCGAAAACGAAUGAUUGAAUGGUGCCUCGCCAUGGUAGGCACCAUGGAACUGAGGCGAGAAACAAUUGAACGAGCCAUCAACCUCAUCGAUCGAUUCAUCCUGCUGAAGGGUGGAAGGAUCCUGUUGUCGGAUCCCAUACUCUAUCAACGUGCUGUUAUCACAGCAUUGUACAUUAUGAUCAAGUGCCACGAGGAGGAAGCCAUCCCUAUUGAAGAUAUGGCAUAUGUUUGUGGUGGUGGAGAUGAUAAUGGGAAAACCAGUGCCGAGGAUCUUGCUCAUACAUCUGAACAGUUGGAAGCAAUGGAAGUCGUGCUCCUUAAUGAACUCCAGUGGGAAAUCAACCCUCCCACAUCGUUCGAAUACAUUGCACACUUCUUGAAGUUGCUCAAGCUUCCCGUGUCCGAUCGUUUAUUCGAUACAGUACAACAAGAUGAUCACGAAGAAGACGAAGGCGACGAAGGAACUCAACCUGAUGAAGCUGAUGAUAGCGAAACCAAAUGGCUCUUCGACUUGGUUACCUUUGAAGUUGAAGAGUAUUUUGUUGACUACGAUUGUUGGAAGAAGGGAGCCUUUCACAACGCUUAUAACGCUUUUAUGGAUGUGCUUCCGAUGCGACAAGGAGGGGAAGAACUGGCUCAACGUUUGGCCUCUUUGCUUGCUGUCGCAGUGCCAGAGUUGGAAAGAUAUCGAUCAACUCAUUGCUCCUCCAAUGCGUCUACAUCAACAACGAGCCAUACUUCUUCCAGACUCGGCAUCGUUGGAGACGAGGCAGAAGAUGCUUCAAGCUUGGCUGGGUUGGACUAUCAAUCGGCUUCCUCCGAUGAUGAUGAUGAUGAUGAUGAUGAUGAUUCUUCCGAUGACGGCUCAUCGUCAGAUGAUUCUGCGUCCAUGUCUAGCAGCGAGACGAGUUCCGUUUCGAAUACCCUCCCAGAAGGAGAACCAUUGGAGACAGUGAUAUCAAUAAGUAUUACCAAGACAGGGUCGUCCACGGAAACACAAGAGUCAUUCAUAAGUCAGCACACUCGUACUGCACUGGGCAAUAUUAAGCUUGACCUGGAAGAUAACGAAAGUCCGGCCUGCGUCAUGGAUAGAGGUCUAUCAACGCUGAUGCAGACCUCAUUGGUGGCGCAGACCGCAGAUCUAUUAGAUGCCGAAGACUGA